AUGUCAGACGUCACCGAAGAGAAUCCGACUCCCACUGUCGUAAAAGUGAGCCCCAGACUCAUUUCAGGAGUGCUCAACGCGAACAACAAGGAUGCUGUCGACUGGAGCCCGCAUGGACUCCUGGCUUAUGGCAGUCAGAAUAACAUAGUCGUUGUGGGAUGCGGCGGAACAGCCCUGGUCCAGACCCUGCAUGGCGGGCAGAGACACGACAUAACGAGAAUCCGUUGGUCUCGUCAUUUGCAUUACCACGACCGUGUGCGACCUUACAACCUCCGAUUAGCGGCAGCCGAUCUCGGCGGAGUGGUCACGGUUUGGAAUGUCGCGAGUGGAGACAUCAAGGCAGAGUUGGCUCAGCCGGGUCACAAAACCAUCAUCGACAUGCACUGGAUGGCAUUCAACGAUGCUUCAUAUCCUCUCCUGCUCGUAUUGUACGAUCAAUCGCUCCUCUUGCUGUGGGACACCGAGCGCGAAGUCCUGGUUUGGAGGAAGGACUGGCAAGAAAUCAAUGGCAGAUUCACCGCAUUCAGCGUCGACCCUUUCACCGAAGCCGCUGUAGCUUUUGUCUCGAGCGAAUACAUCUGGCUGCUGGAUGACCUCACUCCAGCAAGACCGCCACAGAAUCCCCUGAAGAGAUUGGGGAUAACCAUCCCCCCGGCGCCAGGGACUGGGAGCGCGGCCCAGACGCCGACAGAGAACCCGCGGAAAAGCAGGUUGCUCAGUGGUGGAGCUACGAAGGGUGCCCACAGCAACGUUCGCGACCAUGAGGCAGACGAACGCGACGGUGCUGAGUGUCUGAGCAUGAUGCACUCGGCCGCUUUCAGGGAUCAUUUAUUCUUCGUUUAUCAGAGGCACAUUGUGAUCGUCGACAUCUGUAUACAGCAGGUCAUUGGCACAGUACACACCGAACGCAACCAUAUUGGAUUUUUCGCUGUCCGAGAAUGUCGCAACACCGGUAGGCUCAUAUGUCUUCAUGAGACCGGAGUUGUAACAGUACGCCAGAGGAGACCAUGUGAUACAAGUCAAGAAAGUCGGAAGAACUCUGAAAUGAGCUACCCAGCCAACGAAAUACGCCACGACCACGACAUCCAAUACGAGCUUGUAUGCUCUUCAGAAGCUUAUCGAAUGAUCCAUAGAAACUCGAGGAUUGUGGCCUUCGCGAUCUCACCUGUGGAGGACUGCAGAGCAGCUGUCGUACUCAUGGAUGGCAGAACUCUCUUCUACCAGUUGCGCGAGAGAGCGGUCGAUUCCGCCGCGGAGAAACCGCGUUUCGUCAUUUCGAGCAAUUUCGAAGCCUUGUCAACCGUGCCUCACUGCAUGAAAAUGUGCCCUCCAGUAACAUUCAAGAAUUGGCGGACUUAUCGACCUUUGUUGGCGUGCGCGGUCGCCACAGGAAACAUCCAGGUGGUCAACGUUGCAACGGGGCAGGUGGAAAGGAACAUCUGUGUGCAUACGACCCCAGUCAGGGGGAUCGAAUGGACAAGUUUGACGAGUUUCCUGUCGUUCGCCAAUGCCACCCUGCAGGUCACUGCUCAGCAGAAUAGCAAUGUGAAGAACGAGUUGUUUCUCACUGAAGUGACGUCAGGGCGAGUGAAACAGCUCCGAACGGACAGAGCCGACGAGAAACCCAUAGAACUCCUUGCUGUCUCCAAGCAUGGACAAUACUUCAUCGUAGCGUUCAGAGACCAGCCCUUCGAAUUAUGGGAUCUGAAGAGCUCGACUUUACUAUCCACGGUGUCGCAGGAUUUCAAGAGCAUAACUUGUCUGGAAUGGAGUCCCAAAUCGGCGCUCAAGAGAAAACACAGUGAACAAGGCGAUGAAAUUUCGAAACAGAUCGAUCCGAUCUUCUUGAAGCCUCUCGCGAAUGAUAUCAGCGAUGAGAAAUCCUCUCGAAGCUUCAUCAAAGAGCACUUUCUCGCCGUAGACUCCCAGAGUAAGGUGUGUUUCUUCACCGUUGAGGGCUCGGUGCUCAAAAGUAACAUGCGGAACCUCGUACCGGUAUCAUCAGCUAUAACCUGCACCGCUUGGAAGGCGGAUAAACUCGUCCUCGGCGACCUAGACGGAAAUUUGAGUUUAUGGGAUAUAACGACGAAGAAAAGUGAAACCACUCCGAGUCAGAGAGGGAGCGUCAAGAAAGUGGCGUUCGCACCUGGUCGGGGGAAUAUGAAACUCAUAGUUCUCUUCGUUGACGCGGUCGAGAUCUGGGAAGCGACCGCCGACCACACGAUGAAUCGGCUUGCGUCGCUGAGAAUUGGCAAAGGCGAAAUCUGUCAUGUUGACUGGGCCGAUUCCGUUAGUCCGUUAUUGGGUUGGAUCAACGGCAACAUUUCAGUAAUGGACAUGGAGCUGAAACAGUCUUCAACGCCGAUCGCUGAGCUUUACUUCGAAGAGAUGCCUUUCUUACCCUCCGUCCUCAACCCGAACUCGACUUUCCACUUGAAGUCUGUACUGCAACACCUACACAAAGAUGCUCGGAACUCCGAUGUCUAUGAAGCCAUGAAAGACUUCAAGCUCCGCGAGGAUACCGCCCUGGCCCGAGGAAUGUUGGCUGAUCUCGACCCCGAUAUCUGGGAUGAUCUUUGCAAGUCUCAAACCGCACAUAAAGCAUAUUUGAUUGCUCAAUUAUUCGGCGAUGAAGAAGCGAUCCGUUUCUGGACCAUGUUCAAGUCGAAAACCGAUCAAUCGAAACGUCUACCGACAUCAUUCGACCUACUCCUCGCUCAAGACGAGUACCGGGAACAACAGCUCGAAAGAGCUCUGCUGCACGAGAGCAAGCGUGGUAGCACUUACCAGCUCACCCAGUUAUGCGUCGAUGAAUUUCUUCUCCUCGGCGACGCUGAUCGAGCGAUGCAAUUGUUAUUGGAGACUGAGCCUCCAAACGAAUUGUUCACGCACGAUGCCUUACGCGCGUGCCUGAUUGCCUGUCUGAAGAAAGAGAAUAAGUCUCAGUCGGUCGUCAAGCUGGUAGCAACGAACCUGAUAGCUUCCGGGAAUACCGAACUCGGGGUGCAACUCCUCUGCGUGAUCAAUAAGGCUCUCGAUGCCUGCAGGUACUUACAGAGUAAUGGACAGUGGGAUAAAAGCAUCUGGCUCGCCAAGUGCUCUCUGGUGAAGGAAGAAGUAAGUGAAGUCGUGAUAAAAUGGGCGGAUUAUCUACAACUCGUGGGAACGAAUCAGCGCUGUCAGUCCGCGCUGGCUCUCCUAUCAAUCGGUGAAAUCGUUCGCUGCGUCGAAAUGCUGGCCUCGAAUCAGAUGAUCGAACGCGCCGUCCUGCUUUCAGAAGCCGCCGCAGAUGCCGGCUUUGAACUCGUUUGGGAGAAAGCUAAAAAGGAAUUCCGCCCCCCUGGACUGUAUUUGACGUAUGCUCGUUAUUUGCAUGCGAUCGGGAAUUCGGAGAUGGCGCUCACCUAUUGCAUGAAGGCCUUGGACAUUCCAGAAGCAGAGGAUCUUAAGAAAGAAAUCGAAAUCUUGCUCGACGACGCCGCUCACAAGCCGACACAGAACUUGACGAGACCUCGGUCGUCCCUGUUAGACGAAGACAAAUAAUUAUGAAUUGACCAAUGAUUAGAGAAAUGAAGCUAUAUUUUUUGAUAGA